UCCGCACUUUUAAGACCAAACGCUCCCUCCUGUUUCUUUUUACUCAAUGGUUAAGCUAGUUGACAUCAAGAGUUUAAUAAACAGUUUAAUUUACAGUUACGUUACAAUAUUGUGUAGUGCGUAUCGUGUAUAUUGUGUUUGAAAUAAAGUAAUAAUCAUACAGAAUGGAUCAUACAGAAAGAAAUCGGAAAUUAACACGAAUGCGUGUUAAAAGAUUUCGUGCAAUUCGGAAACAAGAUAAAAAUUAUUCAAUAUCAAAACCAUCGACAUCUACGGUUAGUAAAAAACGCUGUUUAUCGAUGGAAAAUUUUGAUACAAAUAAAAGCUCUGAUAAAAAUCAAGAGAACUGUCAGAUGCCUUAUAUAAGUAGAAGUGCUAACGAAGAAAAUAUAAAUGAAGUUGACAGCAGCGUUGGUUAUUAUCCAAACAUGGACAUUAGCAAUGACAAUAAUGAUGAUGACAUUAGCAAUAACAAUAAUGAUGAUGACAUUAGCAACGACAAUAAUGAUGAUGACAUUAACAAUGACAAUAAUGACAAUGAUGAAGAUGAUGUUGAAAUAAACUGCAGUGAACAUGAUCAGCAUAGUGAUGAUGAUCAGUAUAGUAAUGAUAAUCAGUAUAGUGAUGAAGAUAUUGAGGAUUUUAAUGAGAUUGAAGCGCUUAGAGAAUGGGCUAUAAAAUAUAAUAUUAAGCACACACAUUUAGAUUCUCUACUGCAAAUUCUUAGGAAAAAAAUGCUACCAGAGUUGCCAAAAUCACCCAAAACUUUUUUAAAAACAACAUCUGCUGAAUAUGAAAUAAAACAAUUAAAAGUAUUCAAAAAAGUCUCUAAUGUUAAAACAAUUAAAAAAAAAGGAGAAUCCAAAGCCCGAAACGUGGAUAUUUUAUUUCGUAAAAAUUUUUUAUUUUUGAAUCGUAUAUGUUUCGGUCAAUAUUAUGAUCAUCCUCAGUACAUAUAAUCUGAAUAAAUUAAUUAAAUUACAUAAUUGGAAAAACAAUUGUUCAAAUUUACGAUCAUUAAUGUUUAUGACUUAUUUGCUGAAAAAUUAUAAUUCUAUAAUUUUAUUUUUGACGUCUGAAAUUGUGAGAGUGGUUAGUUAUUAAAACUGCAAGUAUCUGUCAAGACUGUUAGUGGAAGACUGCUUUGUAACAGUUUUGGACGUCAUAAAAUAAUAAAAUUAUAAUUUUGUAGCUUAUAAGUCGUAAACAUUAAUGAUUGUA